AUGCUCUUGAGAUCGCUCAACCCGGCCCGCACAGCAUUGAGGAAUGCCACUGCGCUUGGUCGCCUGGUGCCGCACGCUCCGAGCGCAACCCGAUGCUAUACGCCCGGCAAGCUGCACAUCAAUGCGGGCCGAAUGAUGAAGACGCUCCACGACACGUGCGAGUGGGGUGCAGCUCAUCGAUAUGGAGACGACGCCUUCGAGACAGGUAUGGCUCGCCUGACGCUGGACGAUAAUGACGCGAUCGCCAGACGCUGGUUGUGGGACGAGGCACAGAAGCUGGGCUGCUCGGUGACCGUCGACGAGAUGGGAAACAUGUUUAUGGUGCGAGAAGGCAGAAGCGAGGGACCCCCCACGGCGAUGGGCAGCCAUCUCGAUACCCAACCCACAGGCGGAAGGUAUGAUGGCAUCCUGGGCGUCAUGGCCGGUCUGGAAGCGCUCCGCACCAUGGAUGAGCACAAGAUCGAGACCGAGUAUCCAGUCGCGCUCGUCAACUGGACCAACGAGGAAGGCGCACGCUUCCCGCAGUCGAUCGUGGGCUCGGGUGUGUGGUGUCAUGAUGUACCCCUCGAAAAGGCAUGGGGUCUGCAAGAUGUCAAGAACGCCAGCUUGACCAUGAAGUCCGAGCUGGCAAAGAUCGGAUUCCUGGGGACAACACGCUGCAGCCACGAGGCGACUCCACUGGCAGCCCAUUUCGAGCUGCACAUUGAACAGGGUCCGAUCUUAGAAGCGAGCGGCAAGAAGGUUGGUGUGGUCCAAGGAGGGCAAGCGUACAAGUGGUUCGACAUCAACAUUCGCGGGCGCGAGUGUCAUACUGGCUCGACACCGUUUGAUACGCGUUCGGAUGCGAUGUUGUGCGCGUCGAGGAUCAUUGUUGAGAGCAAUCGCAUUGCUAAGCAGCAUAAAGGUCUAGCCAGCACUGGUAUCCUUCGCCUGUCGCCUGGAAGCGUCAACACCUGCCCCGGCCACGUCUUUUUCACGCUAGACGUGCGCCAUCCCUCGACAGACAAGCUCGCAGCGCUGUGCAAAGAGAUCGAAGCAGCAGCACACCGCAUCGCUUCGCAGGAGAGCGAGAAGGGCUGCGAGGUUGACUGGCUCGAGACUUUCCACAGCCCCGCCAUCACUUUCCACCCUGACUGCAUCGCCAGCGUUCGCAAGGCAGCCGAGGCGCACUACGGUGCCGAGCAAGCCACCGAUAUCUACAGUGGUGCCGGCCACGAUACUUGCUCGACGAGCAAGGUGUGUCCCUCAAGCAUGAUCUUUAUCACCAGCAAGGAUGGGAUCUCGCACAAUCCAAAAGAGUACUCUUCGCCCGAAGAUUGUGCGAUCGGAGCACAGGUGCUGAUGGACGCUGCUCUGCUGUACGACUCGCAAAGACAGGGUUAG